AUGAACAACUAUUUCUCGGACUUCGUGAGUAAAUUCGGAGGACAUACUUGGGGAUCGACCCUGUACAGCGAGGUUGAUAGCAAGGUAAACAACACACCUCGAAUUGGAUUUGUGACCCUUUACAAUCCUUCUUGGGCAAACGAAAAUGACGAGAGUCUUGAUGGCCUAUCCAAACAAGUUUUAUUCUUCGUGGCUCCUCGAGCCACAGACAACCAAAGCUUUGACUCUAGGGCUCUGGAAGAGCUAGGUUAUAAUCCCGUUCGUGAGCACUUAAACAUUGUUGGACUUCUUCGCGGUACAUGCUCUUUGAUGUCGGAUUUCGGAUCAACGGCUGGACCGGUCACAAUAGACAUUAAAAAUGGCGCUAUCAUCGACAUAGAACUAGAAAGCGGGUUCUUUCUUGCUAUAUCUUUGGUUACAAACACAGAUGAAAAACAAAAGAGAAACAUCUGUGUGAAACAGCUCAUGAGUGCAGCCCAAAAGAAUCACAGAAUAUUCGAAUUGAUUAACCUGCCCUUAACAAAUCUUGUACAACUAUAUGGAAGAAAGCAAUCGAGUGAAUUGCUCAAAAAUUAUUGGCAGGGUUUCUUGAAUAAUUUCAAUUUUGAGCAGGCCACUUCGUUCGGACCUUCAAAGAUCUUGUGGCCAAACCGUCUUAAUACUCGCGGAUUUUUUGAUUUUCUCCCUAAGAAGUGCUACAAAAAAUCGUCAAUAAGACUAAAUAAAGCCAUUUUAUCAGAGAUUGAUAAAUUGGUUCUUGACAAUAAUGUUAAGCCUUCGGGGUACAUCGUGGCAAGCAUGGACACGCUUUUGACCAAAAAUUCGGGAAUUAUCCACAUGAAUUUAGGCGAGAAAAAAAUGCUAGAUAAAGAUUCAGUCAUUUGUGUCUAUGAAAUGUUAGAGGAUGUCAACGCAAGCAACUGCCUUAAUUCUCUGUUCUUUUCUCAGCUAAAUAACUCUCAGGAUAUUUAUACUCUGUUGAGCAACAAGUGGCAGCGUGCAUCUGAGACCCAAGAGCACCAACUGGCUCAUUCGCAACCUGAAGAAUCUGAAGAUGAGAGCUUACAGACUAAUGAGUAUCAUAUUGAUGCUGUUAAUGCUCUUGCAAUGCUUAAUCCCCUCAAACUUUCCGAGUCACUUGUUUCCCUGCCUCUCAAUAGCACGUUGAGAGGGUUCAGGAGCCUUGGCCAAACAGUCACAGAACAAGUGCAUGAAGCUCCAAACUGGUUCAAUCGAAUGAAUUAUUUUGCAACCACUCAUGAAUCUGAAAAUAAUACUGUAAGUGCAAACCAAGAUGACAACAUUCCGAGUGUUGACGACGGAGAAUAUUUCCUAGGACUAAAUGGAGAUGAAAUCACAAGGUUUCUAGUUCACAUCCCAACCAUUUCUCACAACAGUUCCUCGAAUAUAUUGGAGUACCUGUUGGUAGCUUAUAGACGAGGAGAUAUAAUAACUGUGCUUUUCUAUGAAUCCGGAUAUGAGGUUCUAGACAGUGAGUCUUUCUAUUUGGAUUUGGAAUCAUGUGUGCUAAACCCCUUAGCAGAAGUUAUCAGAGAAAAUGACCAAGACCUCUUUGCACCCUUGGAAAACAGUGUGGGCUCUUUACUAGAACCAAUUGAAGCAGCAGUACAUUCUAAUACCGAAGAACAAGAGUACGGCAUUGAUAACAAUUUCUUCUUUAUUAUUUAUGACUCAGAGAACAAGUCUUACGAAACAUCACUUCCAGAUUUCCAGGUAGCGAGGCCGAAGUUCCGAGACUUUGAGCAACAAAAACCACAAUUGGAACGGAUUAUGUUUCAUCUUCAUGAUCACUUGGUUAAGCACUAUAUCUUUGAGACCAAAGAACGCAUUUUUCAGACAGACGGCAUGGUUUGCGAGCAACUUCAUAAAUUCUCCAGUAGCAAACAUAAUGAUUGGCUAUUCUACUCCAUGCGACAUGAGAAAAAAAUCAUAAUCAUCAUUCGAGACUCAAGCUACAAAGUUAAAUCAAAACCUGUUUUGAACCCGGAGAAAACGUACCUCAUGAAUAUCGCUGACAGAGUCUACGGUGCAGCCAACUAUGGAUUUUUAGAAAUCUUAGGCGGAGAUGUUAAAGUCUGGCUCGGAGGGCUAGGUAUGGGCCCUGAAGAAGAAAACAUUGAAUGA